CACGCCUAUGUAGCGACAGGGGGCGGGCUCUGUGUGUGUCAUUACGCAGGUAGCAUAGUUGUUUCACGUAGCAACCACGCCCCUCUCUACCAUGACGACGUGCAUGUGAUGAAGGCGUUUUCAUUGGCUGAGAUACGCCAUAUUGUGGGCGUGGCUCUGAUUGUUGGCAUCGUUACUGUAAACAAUGGUCUUCGGAGUGGGCGGGAUUAUGGUAUUUGGUUGUGGGCGGGGCUGUGAGUACAGGACGGUUACGCCUCGGUCAUGGUAUCAGUUGAGAGGAGAGCGGUGCUGGAGGCGGCACAGGUUGGGUCUUGUCUACAAGAUAGGUCGGCAGCUGGAGUCGGAAACUUCGGGUCUGCGAGGCUGUCCUCAUUGCUCCCCCGGACUCUUUCUUCUGGAUAUCCCUGCGCACUAUGCACCUGGAGAGGUUUCAUGCCCCUGGUCUAGGCUUCUGGAUAUCCAUCUCCAUGUGCCCCUGGAGAACUUUCAUGCCCCACAUCUAGGCUGGUGCCUCUAGAGAACUUCCAUCCCUGGUCAAGGCUGCUGAUUCUGUUGUCCUUGGAGAACUUUCAUAUGUCCCUGGUCUAGGCUUCUGAUUCUGGAUAUCCACAUUCUGGAGCCUCUUAAGAACUUCCAUGCCUUUGGUCUAGGCUGCUUAUUCUGGAUAUCGAGCUCCAUAAUCCACUAGAGAACUUUCAUGUUCCUGGUCUAAGCUGCUGAUUCUGGAUAUCUACAUUCUAAUGCCCCUGGAGAACCUUGGUGCCCCUGGCAUAGGCACCUGAAGAACUUUUGUGCUCCUGGUCUAAGCUGCUGAUUUUGGAUACCCACAUUCUGGAGCCCGUAGAAAACUUUCAUGUGCCUGGCCACAGGUGCUGAUGGUGGAUAUCCACAUGCUGGUGCUCCUAGAGAUCUUCCAUGCCCCUGCUCUAGGCUGCAGGUUCUGGAUAUCCAGCUCCAUGUGCACCUGAAGAACUUUCAUGCCCCUGGUCUAGGCUGCUGAUUUUGGAUACCCAUAUUCUGAAUCCCCUAGAGAACUUUCAUGCCUCUGGUCUAGGCUGCUGAACCUAGAUGUCUACCUUAUUGUAAACCUAAACAUCUUGUUGGUAAUAGAUGCCCCACCCUGCCAGGACUUACUUCUUGACCACAGUGGUAGAGUACAUGCUACCAGAUAUGUAAUGAUACUUGGGCAUCUAAGUAGUAGACCCCCCUCCCCCCAAAGUGCACUAGAGGAGAAUCUCAGUGCCCUUGCACUCUGAUUAAGGGCUGAGGGACCAACCAUUGUGUUAACCUACAGAGCCCUUUGGUCUUUCCACUCUACUUGUGGCUUUGGAGACCCUCUGUAGUGCUAUGAGACUACUCAUGAGCCACCACCAUUCCAGUGCGUUCCCGGAGACUUUCUGUACCAUCUCACCACACUAAUUCUCCAGAGUACCAAUCUGGCUCUGCUCCAGGAGAAUCUUUUUGGACAUGGAUUACCAUCUAGAUAAGCUUCUUAAGCAUCUGUAGCUUGUAGGACAUUGGAUGCCCACCUAUAGGUGUUCCUGAGGACUGUUUUACCUUUGGAACUCAUUGUAACAAUUCUUGAAGAAGUUACUGAGUUACUUUGUAGCCAUUUGCUAAAUAUUUUGCUUGUUACUGCCAGAUUACUAAAUAGGACUAUAGUAUCUACCUCAUAUUAUCAUCCAUGACAUGAUACAUCAUAUAGUCUUCUGCUGCUUGCAUCAUCCAGUUUACCCAUUUUGUGCCAGUGGAGAUGCCAGUCCAGCUUUAACCAUGCAUGGACCAUCUGCCUAGUGAUAAAUUGCCCGGAUGUUGCCAGGUCCAUGUAGCAUUAUCUUCUCUGCCCAUUUGUUGUCUAUCUGACCAUCCAUAUGUUCUUUGCAUCAAUGUCUAAUACUCACUGUGGAAACUAUCUUCUCCGGUUGGUUUGUUCUUGAGCUCUGGUUCCUUGUGCUCCAUCAGUCUUGUUGGACAAUCUUAAGACAUGGAAGACGCACAACUUCCUUCUGGACUGCUGGAGAUCUGUGUCCUUGUGGGACCCCCCACCGAUGAGAUCAGACAGAUAGACAAGGUUGCCCAGAAAGGUAUCCGAAGCCUCCAGGUACUUGAACCGGAGAUCACCUCUGUAUUCGUCCCUCCUUUUGUACCGAAAGAGGAAGCGCAGAGCUCGUCUGCAGUUCAGAGCUCGUACCAAAGAGUGGCGAGGAGGCGAUCGUUCCGGAAGAAGAAGGAGAGGCCCAAGGUGGAGUCUGGGAGCGGUAACAACGUGGAUCAUAGAGAGACCACCACCGAGGAGAUCAGCGUCCCCAAAGACAUCGACCUCAUUGGAUUGCCCCAGCUCUGCUUCCCAGGGGGGCUGCAAGUGACCUUAGAGCCCAUAGAGGAGCAUUUCCAUUUCCUUAUCUUUACAGAUGUUCUGGGGAACAGGACAUAUGGGGUUGUUGCUCAGUUCUCCCGAUCUGUUCAGGAUGCACUGGGACUGUCUGGUGGGCAGGCUUACUGGGACUCCUCCAUAGGAAGCAACAAGACAUAUGAGGCUUAUGUACCUUUUGCCAUUUGCGUCAUAUCCAGAUACCCUUACUACAACGCUCUAAAGGACUGUCUCUCAUGCCUUCUUCCACAACUGAAGUCCAUCAGGAAUGUCAAUCUUGAUGAACGUAUUAAGGAGUUUGCAGCAAAGUUAGCUCUGAUUCCAUGUCCUCCACCUGGACCUCUGCAUCUGGUGUUCAGCAUGAAACCUCUGCAGAUUGUUUUUCCAUCAAGAGAAGAUCUCGAAAGCCCAGUAAUUGACUUGGAUCUUCACCUGCCAUUUCUCUGCUUCAGCCCAAAACAGGUGUUGCAGAUCAUGGCCUGUAUCCUGACCGAGCAGAGAAUUGUCUUCUUCUCUUCAGAUUUCGCCCUGUUAACCCUCCUCGCUGAGUGUUUCAUGGUCUAUCUUCACCCCAUCAAGUGGCAGCACACUUUUGUGCCCAUACUCUCGCACCACAUGCUGGAUUUCAUCAUGGCGCCCACGUCCUUUCUCAUGGGCUGCCACCUGGAUCACUACAAGGAAGUUUGUAAGGAAGGUGACGAUUUAAUAUUAAUUGAUAUUGAUAAUGGCAACAUCUCCUUCUCUGGGAAUGAGAUUGAGUCUGAGGUCUGUGAUGUCCCGGACAUGCCGGUAGCCGCUGCAGAGACCUUUAUAUACAGUAUGGAGAACCUUCAGCUACACUAUGACCUGGAGCAGUCCCAUCGCGCAACAGUCCUGGACAUUGGUGAGCAGAGACUGCGGAGGCGGCUGUGGCAGCAGAACCUCAACAGUGAGAUACAGGAGAUCGCAUUGCAACUCAUUGUGGACAUCUUCAGAGAUGUGAAGGCGCACCUGAACUAUGAGCACCGGGUGUUUAACAGCAGGGAGUUUCUGAAGACCAGAAGUCCAGGAGACCAGGCCUUCUACAGAAAUGUCCUGGACACCUACACGUUCAACUCCUUUCUGAAAGCUCGGCUUAGUAAGAAAAUGGACGACUACACCCGUAUGGAGCUGAGCACGUCCUCUGAGAUCGACGGGAGAUCAACCAUGUUUUCUGAAAGCCCCCGCCGGCAUGCCACGGAGAAGCUGAAGCGUUUCCGAACGGAGUACAUGUUUAGUAAGAAGCUGGUUAUCAGCAUGCCAAACCUGCAGACCAUCAAGAUGGCCGACGUCCCGGCAGGACCACUGUCCCUGAGGAGACCCCAGCAGGAAAACGGAUACAAUGUAACCGGGAAGGAGGUCCACACUUUCAGGGUCCCUGAAGUGGAUUUUCCUCUGUCCGCUCGCUGCAUCCAGACAUACUACACGGAUUUCACUAAUUAUCUCAGCAAAGAGAUAAAAGCGCUGCCGCCCGAGAGCUCCACUCUGCUGGCGCGAUACUACUACCUCCGAGGGCUGGUCGGCCUGAUGCAGGGGAAACUGCUGGGCGCUCUGUCAGAUUUCCAGAAGCUUUAUAAAACAGAUCUACGGAUCUUCCCCAUGGAGCUGGUGAGGAAGGUCACCCUGUCCCUCCCGGCAGCGGAGCGUAAGAGGGCCGACUGCAGGCCGGAGCUGAAGAAGCUGAUCGGGCAAGUCAUGGACAAGGAGAGGGAAGUCCCCAGGGCCGACGAGCGCGUCAAGAAGUUUGAGUUACCCAAGACGCACCUUCACAUGGAAGACUUUGUACGGAGGAUUCAGGAAUCUGGAAUCGUCAGAGACACCGACACCAUACAUCGCUUGUUUGAUGCUUUGACUGUUGGUUACCAGAAACAGAUCGACCCUGAAAUCUUCAGAGAUUUCUACAACUGCUGGAAGGAAACGGAGGCAGAAGCUGAAGAGGUCGACCUCCCGUCUGGGGUCGCAGAGAAGUUAGAUCAGAAUGAGUUUGUGUAUAAACUUUCUAGCUCGGUCAAAACCAACCUCGGCGUCGGGAAAAUCGCCAUGACCCAGAAACGCCUCUUCCUCCUGAUAGAGGGAAGACAGAGUUACGAGGAAAUCGCUAUCUUCAGAAACAUCGAGGAUGUGAAGAUCUCCACGUCGGCCUUCCUGCUCCUGAGGAUUCAGACGCUCCGGAUUAAAGCCUCCACAAGGAAGGACGUUUUUGAAGCGAACCUGAAAAGUGAAUGUGAACUGUGGCAACUGAUGAUCAAAGAGAUGUGGGCUGGGAGAAACAUGGCCGAUAGUCACAAGGACCCUCAGUACGUACAGGAGGCGCUGACAAACGUCCUGCUCAUGAACGCUGUGGUUGGGGCUCUGCAGACGGCAAAGUCCAUCUAUGCUGCAUCCAAACUGUCCUACUUUGACAAGAUGAGGAAUGAAGUUUCCACGAUUCCAAUGACGACGGCAGAGACGCUGAAGCACAGGAUUAACCCUUGUGCAGGGGAGACGGUCCCUCAGGCGGUCGAUGUCCUGCUGUACACACCUGGACAACUCGAUGCUUCACUGAGAGACGACUGCCCCAAACUGUGGUGCGCCCUGGGCGAGGGAAAAGUGGUCAUAUUCAACGCAUCCACCUGGUCCAUCCAGCAUCACUGCCUGAAAGUGGGCAACACGAAACUGAGGUGCAUGGUGGGAGUGGAGCAGAGUCAGGUGUGGAUCGGAUCCAGUGACUCCAUGAUCUACAUCAUCAAUACACACAGCAUGUUCUGUAAUAAACAGCUGAACGACCACCAGGGGGAACUAGUGGACAUUGUCAUGGACAGCAGCGACAAUCAGAAGAGAGCUGCGUACUCCUGCAGCGCAGACGGGGAAGUCAUCGUGUGGGACGUCAACACCUUGAAGAUUCAGCACAAGUUCCAGCUCCAGUAUCAGGACAUAACGUCUAUGAAGAUGCACAAUGAUCUGCUGCUUUACUGUACAAAAGAUCUGGUCCUUGUGACCAACAAAAGAAAGGAAUACUGUUUAAAGCUGGAGUUGAUGGGGAACAUGCAGAAAAUCAUCUCUGCCUUCUACUCCAUCCAGCUCUUCCCUGAGAAGUCACAGCUAUGGGUGUCAUGUAAAGGCGGCAAUGAGAUAUGUGUGUACGACAUGACGGAUUUCUCCAAGCCCCCACACAGGAUCCUUCUGCAGGACUGCUCCAUCAUCACGUGUAUGCUGAGAGUGAAACAUCAGAUCUGGGUCGGCAGCAAGGGAAUUUCCCAGGGUAAAUUGAAAGGGAAGAUCUACGUUAUGGAUGCGGAGAAGAAGACAGUGGAGAAGGAGCUGGUCGCACACAUCGACGUAGUGAAGUCCUUAUGUUCAGCAGAGGACCGCUACGUCCUGAGCGGGUCCGGAGAUCAAGAUGGAAAGGUGGCCAUAUGGAAGGUGGAAUGAAGCCGAGGCAAUGGAGCUUUGGUGGAUGCAACCUGGUCUCCAUGUCCUUCAAAAACCAAAGUCAAGAAGAACAAGGUCCUUCGAUUUAACUGUGGUGGAGGCCAGAGUCACACCUCAGGAAUAGGCCCCUGAUUUAUCUUAUGUCUUAGUCAAGAUGACGAGAGGAAUAGGGUAUAUCAUAGGUCAUGGGUGAUGAGGUCUGGGAGAGUCCUGACUUUUGACUCCCCACCCCCCCCUAUACUAGCAAAUAUGGAGAAGAGAGGUCAUGUAGGACAUCUCAUGACUGAGUUAUGGCUGCUGAUUGUGAACGUGGAGUGUUUUUUUUGUGUGUGUCAUAGCACGUUCUGUGAGUCUGGAGUGGACAUUACCUGGACUGGAUCUGUUACUGCCCCCCACAGAGAGAAGGGGGACUACACUAAGAUUUACUUUACAACCUGAACUGGUCCUGUGCCUGGUGUUAUGGGGCAUAAGUGACUCCAGUGCACAUGGCGGAAAGUCUCCCUGAAAUGUGGACGACCUCCGGUUUUCUACGAAGGAAAGGAAGGACGCGGGUUACUACUAGAGGGGUCCAGAGGUGACUUAUUAGUCCUUCAUGUUGGAGAGAUCUUUUCGUGGUUGCCGGGUCACGUGGGGCGUCCAAUGUGCAACUAAAUAAUGUGCUUUAAGUAUUGUUACAUGAGAACCGUCAUCAUCAUCAUCAUCAUCUCAUUGCUCCGUUUCCCUAAUAUUCAACACUCCUUUACUAAUUUCUGAACGGAUGUUCAUAAACAGGGAAUUCCAGUAUAAAACGUUUUCCCAGCAAUCCAAAGAUUUCAAACUCGGCUCUACUGCAUCUCAUCAUUACUACUGUAUAUUUUAGAGUUCAGCUACAUGA